CAUUGCUAUUUUGUUAUGCCUUUCGUGUGACCCCUUGGCGUUCGUUUAGUGCAAGAAAGCGUGACAAACCGUGACGGAACCGCAAACUUUUUGGAACUACAACAGGUGGUCAGAAUGGAAACGAAUUUGGUGCGCGUUCUUGAGGGUCAGUAUUUGGAUGAGCUGACCAGCGAGUUGUGCGAUUUUACGCUGGAGGAGCAGAACGCGGCCACUGAGGCGCAGGGUGUGAAACCAUUGGCAUCGUCAGACUAUGUGCCGAUCGUGGGCAAAACGGUCACCUACGUGGUGGCGUGCGUGAUCGUCAACGAUGCCGACGAGGUUCUGAUGAUGCAGGAAGCAAAGGAAUCGUGCGCCGGGAAGUGGUACCUCCCGGCGGGUCGCAUGGAACCGGGUGAAACAAUCGUGGAGGCAGGAGUGCGUGAAGUACUGGAAGAAACGGGACUGAAGGUGGAGAUCAGCACGCUGCUUGCCGUCGAGACUGCCGGUGGUUCUUGGUUCCGGUUUGUGCUCACGGGCAACGUGGUUGGUGGUACGCUGAAGACACCGGGCCAAGCGGACCAGGAAUCGAUACAGGCCAAAUGGUGCGCCCAGCUGAACGACCUGUCGUUGCGUGCCAACGACAUUCUGCCGAUCGUAGAGCUGGCCCGCAGCUACCGUGUACGGUUGCCGAAGGACCCCAACUGGCACCGGGACAUACUUCCGGCGCGCAAAGCACACUACAAAAACUAUCUGCGGGUGGUGGUGGCCAUCAAGAACAAAUCCACCAACCAAGUGUACGUGUUGCUGAGCGAAAAGACGGCAUACCAUUUUCCGACGGUAGAGAUUCACCCGGGACGAAGCAUUCACUCUACGCUGAAAAAGUUUAUGAUCGAGCUGUUCGGAGCGGACCUGCCGCAGCAUCGGCCACACGGUGUGCUGAGCGUUGAGCAUCACACGAGCGGAACGCAAGCCAGUCCAACCGACGGAAUGUGCCUGACGGUGCUGGUCAUUUGCCGGCCAUCGAUCGAGUCGGUUUCCCUAAUCGGAAAAUGCAUCUGGCACGAGCUGAACAAGGAUUUGAGCGCUCGGUUAGCGAUGGCGGUGGCCGGCAAGAAUGCCACCUUCCAGUUGCACGUUGUACGAUAGGACGACGAGCAAAGUUUGAGGAGUUUUGUUACUAUUAUGUACGUGUUUUUUACCUAUAAGAAUAAAAUCCUUACGGUGACAGGAAACCAGCUCGUCGCAAGGGCGCCCAAGACAACGAAGUAUUUUG